AUGGAUGUAUUAAAUAGAUGGCACACGCUAACACUCGUCGCCAUGGUAACCCAGUGAGUGACUCGGAGUUCAGUGAUUGGUUCGACUCUGAUGGGAUACUAGUAAAGGAGGCGGCCAUGAGAGAGGCUCUCUUCCGCUGGUGUUGAUCAGAGCUCGUGCAGUUGCAGUCGGUCUGUUGGGGAGACUAGCAACGAGUGUGGCAUCUGUCAGGAGAGGGAGGAAGGUGUGAAGAAGUGCGUGUGUGAGUUCAAGAGCAGCUAUGAGAACUUGAGUCAAGACGAUGAGGCUUUGUUGAAGAUCCUCGAUUUCCCUUCGCGGAUGGCUGUUAUUGGAUUUCAAGAGGGAAUUCCCCCUUCGAAGAGGCCCUGAGGAUAUUUGAGGUGCUUAACAGUCAGUACCUGGACCUCAACUCUGACCGGGCUCUCGUGGUAACAGACAAGGUCAUCGCCAAAGAGUUUGAAAUGGAUGCUGGUGAGACCUUCUCUGAGAGGUCAGAGGUCAACCUGGAGUUCACGUUUGAUGUGUUUGAGUGUGGUGAUUCUGACAAGGAACAGUAAUGACAUUUGCAAGACUUCUGAUACUGCCGGAAUCUAUGGCUGUCUCAACGUUUUAUGGUAAUCCAGGUACUGACUGUUGAGCAUCUCAAAUAUCCUCAGGGCCUCUUCGAAGGGGGAAUUCUCAUAUGAUACACGUGUAUAUGAAUACUGUAAACGUGGAUUCUCCGAAAAAAUUAUACUGUACAUUCCUAAAUAAUCAUCACACACAGAAAAUUCACCGAAUUGUUCGUGCGCGCAGUUGCAGUUGGUCUGUUGGAGAGACUAGCAACGAGUGUGGCAUAUGUCAAGAGAGGGAGGAAAGUGUGAAGAAGUGCGUGUGUGAGUUCAAGAGCAGCUGUGAGAACUUGAGUCAAGAUGAUGAGGCUUUGUUGAAGAUUCUCGAUUUCCCUUCGCGGGUGUACGCAGCUCGCCGGCCUGUCCAGUUGGAGACCAGCUACCCCAAGGCCAGGAGAAUAGUUCUCAGAGAUGUGGCCAGAACUGACAAGAACUAUCACUACUUUACUCACAAGCGCAACCUGAGGAAGGUCCACAGAAUACUCCUCACCUACGCCAUGUUUCACCCGGAGGUUGGCUAUGCCCAGGGCAUGAACGACAUCCUGGCCCGGUUCCUAGUGGUGACAGACUCGGAGGUUGACUCGUACUGGCUGUUUGCCAGCUACAUGUCCAAGAAGAGAGAGGACUUCCUCGAGCACACCAUGAUGAGGAAAGUUGCAUUUGUGAAGAACCUGGUGAGGGAGGUGGAUAGAGAGUUGUACGGCUUCUUUGACAAGUCUGAUUGUCGUGACUACCUUUUCAUGCAUAGAUGGCUGUUGUUGGACUUCAAGAGGGAAUUCCCCUUCGAGGAGGCCCUGAGGAUAUUUGAGGUGCUCAACAGUCAGUACCUAGAGCUCAACUCUGACCGGGCUCUCGUGGUAACAGACAAGGUCAUCGCCAAGGAGUUUGAAAUGGAUGCUGGUGAGACCCGCUCUGAGAGAUCAGAGGUCAACCUGGAGUUCACGUUUGAUGUUUUCGUGUGUGUGGCCAUUCUGACAAUGAAUAGUAAUGACAUUUGCAAGGCUUCUGAUGCUGCUGGAAUCUAUGGCUGUCUCAACGGACUCUCCAUGAAGAUGAAUCUGACUGAAGUACUGACACAAGCAGAGGAACUGUUUUACAAGUAUUGUAGACAAAACAUCACUAGGGGAUUUGCUGAGAUAGACUUUUAGUUCGAUCAUUACUGUUAAUUUAAUCGUAUUUUUUCUCUCAUCCGCGUUGUAUCUACGUACAGUGCAUGUAUAAAAUUAUCCUGUUUUCCUGCGGUUGCUAGGAUAUGGCCAGUG